AUGCACUCGCCCAAGAAGGACCACCAAGAGAGCGCGGAGCCGCCGACGUUCAAGGAGCAGCUCGAUAAAGAGGCAGUCGAGAGCCGGACUCGUCACGAUAGCGACAACGGAGAGCACUCGACGGUCAAGGCUGUCGUUGACAAGAUUGCCUCAGCCAUCCCGGCUUCCGUCCCCUUCAUCGGCGAUUCACAUCCAGACCACAAGGCGGAGGAGCACAAGCCAGAGCCCACGAUUCCUCCUCGACGGCCGGAGCACGACCCCCAGAUUGAGGAAUUUGUGAGGGACCAGCAUCGAAGCAACGAGCCCGAGAUUGUGAGCAAUUCAAGGACCUAA